UUAAGUAUUACUACGAAGGUUUUCACACCAGUGGAGAGAUGAGAGAUGCGUCUCACCCUUACAUACAGUGUACGGUUACCACGGCAACAACACUAGUCACUGAAGAGGAUAGCAAUUAUGGGAAAAUCAUUUUUGAUCUUUCUUUUUACUAUAAUCUUAGGUAUAUCUGCCCAAAAAUCCGGUAAAAAGGUUGUCAGAGAUGCAUUGAAUAAACUGGGAAAUUUUGAUGACAGUCCUGAUACACGCGACCUCAUGGAAAAAAUUGCAAUAGUUGAAUCCCGCAAUGGCGAGGAUCCAAACACAUACAAGGGAGAUAGAGGUGGAAUUUGGCAGGUGUCUAAGAUAGGCUUUGACGAUACCCAGAACAUAAGAUCACAUCCGAAACUUGCAAGAUAUCACAAAAGGGUAUUUGAUAUAUUUGGAAUCAAGUGGAAUGAGAUUACAUACGAAGACCUUAGAGAUCCAUUUCUGUCUGCUUUGGCUGCAAGACUGUAUUUACAUACUACUGAAGCAGAAGCACUACUACCUGAAGCAGGAGAGCUUGAGGCACAAGCGAAAUACUGGCUAAACUUCUAUAAUAAGAAUAUUAAAACUGUGAAGCAAGAAGAAUUCAUUAAACGAGUGAAUGAUUACAAAACUAUUACAGAUAAAUCAUAUAGAGACCCCCACCUUGUAAAGCAAAUCAACCUACAGGGUGAUAAGGUUUGUUAUAUACUGACAGGAAAACCAGAGAAUUUUGUUCGCUUAUUCCAUUC